GUCAUCGGUAUCAUCUCCCGCCAUUUCCUUCGUCUGUGCUCGUGCCGCGCGCGUCUAUGUUCUUUCCUGUAGUUUUGUACUUGAUCUCCAGCUCCGUUCAACAAAACAAAUGGCAAAAUACUGCAUUGUGGAGUUCAUUGAGGAAGGCUCUGUGGAAGUAGUCCCAGCUACAUGGAUUGCUGCAACAGGUGCUCCUAGCCCCCUGGACCAGGUGACAAACCAAGUUGGUAAAAAGGUGUCAAGCACCUGGACGAGACAGGAUGGCCUACAAAAUCACUGUAAAAGGAGCAUAUGAAAGGUACGGAGAUGGUCGAAGAAACUCGACCUUGCCCAGUAUACAUCAGACUGGACUCUGGUCAGGAACCAAAAAAAAAAAAAAACGAAAAAUACAAAAGCGUAUCAGAUAUGAGGAUGAGGACUCACAAUACAGUCCACCAGCACCACCACUGAAUUUUCCACGAGCUUCAGCUUGCCACUCUCCUGACGUAGAUGCACCUGACGAAGAUGAUGCCACACUGUCCACAACAUCCAAUACCAUUAUCCAAUUACGACCUUGAUGGGCCUUGCUUGGGUGUUCUGCAUGGUUCACCUUUUCUGCAAGUUAGCCGUCAGUGCACAAGGCUGCAACAGCAGCCAACACCUGCUGUUAAAAAAGUUAUUUCCCCAAGUGACUUCCAGCGUGAAGUGCUCACGCGGCUGACUGCUCUUCGUCUUCUGGUACAGCAGCAGACAGAGCUUUUGACGGUGCUUUCAACUAAAUACACAAAGGAGUGUGCCAUUCAAGAACAAGACAGCAUCCUGAAGGAGCGGUUUGAGAAUAUUGCAGCUUUAAGCGCUUCGACGAGUCCCUGACUGGCUCCACUGCAGAGUCCCUGGUAGGAAUGGCACGCGUGUCCCUCACAGGAGGGCUGAAUACUCCCCAGUGCUCAGUCAUAAGGGCACUCCUUUUCUUGAUGUUUAUCAAUGAUCUGCCAGGCUGCCUUCACUUCACACGUCUAUCUACGUUCUGACGACUAUGCUUGUAUCAGACAAUUCAUGAUGAGCCAGAUUCACAGGUUUUACAGUCCUCUCAGGUUGGCAUUCAACAUGUGGCAGUUGUCACUUAAUAUUAAUAAGAGUCUUGUCCUUCAUGAGCACUCAUCCCUUUCAUUUCCCCUACCAUUUUGGCAACUCCUGUCUCCAGCACGUCACCUGUUACAAGUACCUCGGUUUGCAUUCCUAUGAGAUGUCCUGGACUAGCAAUAUUUCCUGCAAUAUCGGCCGCGCAAACAAUAUUCUCGAGUAUCUGCAUCAUAAAGUCUCCCAUUGUCUGCAUUCAGUUUAAAAAUAUUAUGUAUGUUACACUUAUUAGGCCUAAACUUGAAUAUGCUUCUGCAAUAUGGGCCUUGCCCAGUUAUUAUAAAAGAGCAAUAGAAGCUCUACAAAACACUCAAUUCAUUUUAAACCACAUUUCAUUGACUACAACAAUGACAGUAGUGUUUCCCCUAUGGAAACCGAUCUGUACCUUCCUACCUUAGCUCUGUGAAGAAAGAUCUCCGGUCUCUGCCUCUUCUAUCAUAUUUUUAUAACAGACACUUGAGCACAGAUAUGUAAGCAGCUGGGGUCGAAACCGGAACUGAACCGUAACCCAAAACCGCAAAAAAUGGUAAUUUUUACCGAACUGUGAACAAUUUUUCUCUCCCCUUGAACGAACCGGAACUGAACCAGGAAAAUAUCAUUCGGUAACCAGUUCGCCAGACGGUAAAAAUGCCUAUACCUUCCAGGUCGACUGCCGCGUACCAGCUCAUUGCAUCACUCGGAAUCUUGCGGAAUUCACAGAGUGGACAAAUCGAUGAACCAAGAAGUGGUUAUUCCAUGCACCUGCAGCCCCAUGCAUGAGUCCUGCAGCCUCACCUCCAAAAGCUUCAGGACAUGCCUGUAAAUUUUGGUGGCUCGUGGUGUAAAAAAAAGAAAUUGCUACAAGUUGGAUAUACUUUACACUGUUGCCUCGGCUGCUUCGUUUCAUUCAGUGUCGCAGUGCGAAUGCGACGUAAAUUUUAAUAGUCCACAGUUAUAUCUACAAGCAACGCAGACCUCUGACGAUCAUGGGAAAGAGCUUGGCAUGUGGUCCAGAGCAUGUAAGAAAGAAACACAGGAGCGGCCUCUCGUCCUGUUUUCAACAGGGAGCAGCGUUUCGGCCCACGUAUGGUACUCUGGGAUACUCCGAUCUACCACGUGAUCGCUUUCUUCUCUUUUUUUUUCUUUAGAAAUUGGCGAUAGCCUUUUGUAAUGGAGUGUAAUGGCAUGCUGUACGCCAUUUCCCAGCACUUUUCGAUACAGUAAAGGAUGAUCUGCUGUGAGGUGUAUGGCAAUCCAUCGCCGGAACUUGUUAUUAGUACGUCUCAAAUGUGGCACACUGAUUAACACAGCACACGUAAACCGGUUCGAACUGGUAAGUAUCGGUUCAAACGUUUAUUUUGGUUGUGCUGAACCCGAACCGAACCGAUAACCUUCACCAGAACUUGAACCGAACCCCAAAAAAUAACGGUUCCGAGCCAUGGUAAGCAGUGCUGCAUUAUUUCUCAGAAAUCAUUCCCUCAAGGUGGAGUUAAAGCACUAAAACCAUGACUACUUUCCUUAUUUGUGUCUUCAUUCGUUCUAGUGUUAGAAUGAGCUUCCACAUAGCAUGGUCGCUAUCUGAGGUCAACUACAAUUCAAAAAUAUCAUAACCAGCCUUUUCUCUUCCACGCCAGCAACUGUUUCAAUGUGGUGCUUUUUGGUGCCUCUGUAUUAACUUUAUGCCUGACCACUAGGUGUUUUACUUUCUUCAGCUGAUCAUUUCAGAGUGUUUUUCGGUAUCUAUAAUAAACUUAUUUGUAUGUUUAUCUUGACUUUUCCUACUCCUACAUUGCAUUUCUGAUUUGUCUUCUUUCAGAUCUCCACAAGUUCUGUAAGUGUAUGUGUGCCCGUGCCACCUCCAACAGUAUGCAAAACACAGACUGAGGAACAGACACUAGUCUUGUCUGUUCCUUCGUCCCUUUGUCUUUUGCGUCGUGUUUGCCUCAGUUAUGUAAUGCCCCUAUCUGGGCCUGAACGUAUGACCAGCUCUAACUACAGAAGUGCUAAAGAAGUAAUACUCUAGGAAUUUUAAUGCUUUGUAGCAGGGCCAUUCAACGCCAAGUUAUCCAGAGGUGUCGCUCGACCUCCCUAGAAUUUUAUGAUUUUUUUUGGUGGUUCCAUAUGACUCAAAAAAGCAACAGAACAUUGGUCUUUUCUAACGAAAUUGAAAUUUAAGCGGUACACAGCCCCUCAAAGAUGCAGUGCUUUGCGAAAACGUACGUCGUUUCAAGCAGAUAUUACGGUCCACGUAAGGCACAAAGCGCGUUAAAGAGCAUCUUAUUUGACAGGGGAAAGUUCAUUUUACCGUAUGCAAGCAGUUUUCACCAUCACACUCCACGGGCUCUACGCUUUUGGCGUGCACGAAAUAUGCAAAUGUUGUACAAGUUCACAAAUUUGUGUGCAGUAUAAAAUUCUGGAAUUUAUUUCUCAAAAUUUUUUGGUCAUGUAGCCCCCUUCAGUCAAGGAAAGAUAUGGACAUAAGGGUCCAUUCAGGCUUCAUGGUACCAUAUGGCUGAUUUUUGGUCGUAUGGCAUUCGGAAGCGAGUCGUUGACAUGACUAUAGUUAUCACGACAUGAACAGUGAUAAAGUACUGCCUGCACCAAACACAAGCGUAAGUUCCUAGUAUGUGCCAUUGUUCCUUUCAUUUUUUAACACAUUCCAGUAUUGGAAAGAGAUCCCUUUAGCUGUCCGCUCCUCUUGCACGUAUAUAAAAGUUACUUGGUAACUGUGAUGUACGAUCUUUUCGUUUUGUGCACCAACACUUGAGAUGUACAUAUAAAAAAAAAAAUUGCCAGUCACGGGGGCUAUCACUUUCAGUAACAGGUAAGCUGUUUCUGGGCAUUUCUAUAACCGCCACCUAUUGUACAUUUUUAAAAAUAAACAUAGAUAUCCAACACCAGGAACUUAGUGGUGAAACCAUUCUCCAUUUGUGUUCGGUGCAGGCAGUACUUGAUCACUGUUCAUAUCGUGAUUACACUACUCGUCCCUAAUUGUGGUCUGCCUUGGCCAAUUCUCGUUGUUUACGUCGUUUACACUACUCGUGUCGUGAUGACUCGACUCGACCGGCGGAUGCUGGAUGCCACACGGCCAAAAAUCAACCAUAUGGUACCAUGAAGCCUGUAUGAACCCCUGUCUUCAUGUCUUUCUUUAUCUCUCACUUACCAGCACUGCGAGCUGGCUAAAAGUUUCGUUGGAGCGCAAGAUGCCCAGCUUGAUGAGCGCUCACUGCACAAACUUCGGGUCUCAAAGGAGGCAAACACGUGUUUGCAACCAUUAUUUGCUCCUCAAUAAUGCGACUGCCUAGUGUGCCUCUGAACCACUUGGCAUGGAAUAGCACAACAGCAAAUAAGCUCCAAAUAUCUUUUAGUAAUCUUACUUUUUUAUUUUUGUUCUUGUUUUUGUAUGCGCAUGUGUCAUGCAGUGUUGUGGUCUUUCAGAUCCGUCAUUUCAGCAACAUUGGGGGCGUGAGUCCAGAAUCGUGUACGAGGCGUAUACUCAGGGCACUUAUGUCUGAUCAAGUGGCAGCAGAAUUUUCCUGGCAGGGCAGAAAAGGGAAGCAACCAUUCAGAGACCUGAAUGUUUCCAAAUGCAUUAUUGCUGCCGUCAAGACUUCACAGAAGUGCAGCGAACACUCAGUUGAAAGUGUAGUCAAAGACUGGCUCCGCCAUGCACCCGCAAGAAGUCGGGACACAGCCAAGAGCUCUUCGGCUCACCAAAGGGCUCACAGAGGAGUGAACUAAAGUUCUCCGCCAUGCCGCCACAGACAACGGUACUCGACUGUGCACUACUACCGUACCUCAGCUCUGAUGCUCUUUUUUAGCAUUUUUCCCUGUGGGACAUUUUUGCUGUUUGCCCAGUAUUUUUUGGAUGUCCUCUGUGCUGGUAACUGCUGCUCCUAGGAACCCUACACUCAGAACCAAGCUAGUCUUUAGUGAAAAUGUUUUAUAAUGUUUUUAUAUACACAUUAUAUCCAACCCACACAAACAAAGGAGUACAAAGUGAUGUACUACAUGUUAAAUAUAUGUGCAAUUAUAUAUACAGAGUUUACA